AAGACUAUUUUCCUUUAUUUCGUUGCAAUUUGGGCAGAGUUAUGAUUUACGCGAAAUUUCUCGUGAUCUUUAGGGUACAGUCCACUUCGACGUCUCCCGAUGACUCACUAAGUCUUCUGCUUCUGCCAACGUCACGAUCAAACGUACGGCACUGAUGAGCGAGAAGUACAUUAAUGACUCCACUGCAGUUGCGGCGCUAUCGGGCGUCGUCACAAGAAAUAUUCUAACACAACUCCAAUUCUACGAUUGCCAACAAACAUUGGCUCUGCAAAAAGAAAUCUUCAUGAAAUGGCUUUUUAUAAACGUAGUUAGGGAUGAAACACAUCUUCGGCUCGCUACAUAUUAAUUUCUAGAAACUAUUUAAGGAACAUCUAUACAAAUAUUCGUCGUUUUCUCAUACUGUUCGAUACUACAACAAUCUACUUGUUUUGUAUAAAUUGCAUCCGAUUAUAGGUACAAUUGAAAUACCAUAACCAAUCAGGAGUACUUUAGCCAAUUGCUGCAAAGCAAAUACCAGUCCCGAAUCCAAUUUAGCCACAGUUGAUUUAUUCAACUGCAGUUCCAAAACCGUUGUCAUCUCUUACUUAGAGCGAUCCUUUGCUAGACUAUAUUAAUUAGUCCACUACUUCAUGAAUUGCUUCCUCAGCGCUACACAAUCUAGUAACGCUGCUUGCGUUCUAUCCCUUCAUCUAGUCCUAUUUUACUCUGACUUGUAUCCCCAAUAUAACACCAAGCAGUAAAGCGGGGCCUAUCUGUAAAUAUAUAUAUAUGUAUAUAUUUUUUUAUGGUUGAAUAUCUACAUAAGCUUACGGUCUUACGGAGUGUCGGCAGCGCUCACCCUGCCAUUCAUGUUGACGUCACAUUUGGCGGCUGAGAGGGACGAUCUGUGGGCGGAGGGGUAAAAGCGGUCCAUCGUUCUUUCCGCUUGCUGGAAAAGCUGUCUGCGGACAAAGCCAUCAGCUGAGUUGCCAACAGUUCGGAAUGCGGCAAACAACGGGCAGCCGCAGUGUAGUUCAAGCUGGCUAUAUCUCACAAGUUCCGUUCAGUUCCGCAACAGCCUCAGUCAAGCGUUAUUGCUAACAAAAUUUAGCUUUCGACCUGUACGCGUGUGCCCCGCAGCGGAGCUUGUUUAGCAUGUCGUAGCGUCUACCUGUCAUUGCUAAUGCUGUCACCGUUUCAGGGCAACCGAGACAUUGUGGACUAACACCGUCACGAGAAGAAUUUCUUAGGCCUUACCCAACGCUGCGAUAGCGGGCGGUUUGCUGAUGUGAGAGGAGAGGAAGUUCGUCAGGCAGGCAGGCAGCCAUCUAUGGCUAUGAAAAAGCUCGCGUCUUUCUCUCGGCACUAUCCGACAGGCAGGCCGCGCUGGGCCGUCUGCUCGACCGAAGCGAACACCGGUUCAACGAAUAACACUGUCAAUCGAACAACAGCUCAUAGUAGAUACAUACACGUCUGUAGUCGUCAUCGGGUCUGAGAGGGCAGAACAAGAAGAAAACAAGAGAUGAAAGAAGGUAGCCGAGAAACGACAGCAGUGUCAGAGCUCAUGAUGUUACAUGGUACAAAGCAAGUGGCUUAAACGGUCAGACCACUGUUUCGCGCCCGAACAAAGGCCUCGAGACAGGCGGAGCCACGCUUCAUUCAAAAGCGAGUCAGUUGUGACGGGGACUGCAAUAACUACAGCAUCGAAAAACGCAGCCAAUAUAGGCACGUACAUAUGUACAACAGCGGAACCGAACGAACGGCGGCACUAGAUCUGCAUAUUGGCAUACUAUCCAAUAUUUCUACUAUCAUGUGCGUGUUUUGAAUAUAGUUAUUAGCGGAAACACUCGCUGGACGAAACAGGAUCUUGAACAACGUUGAUUAGAUAACAUCUGGUGUAUGACACGCAGUGCUAAAAGUGUGAUAUUAUUAUUCCGAGCAGCUAUGGAGUAAGCCAGUGACGCAUUUGAACUUCCGAAAGAAAGUGUGCAAUUGUCAGUGUUUCGAAUGCGUGUCGUAAGGAUAUCAAUAUAAGCCUUCAUUUAUCACCGUUCACCGGCCUGCUGUAAAUUUAGGUAGAGUGAUCACAUAAAAGGCCUUUUGAUAACUGGCAGGUCGUAAGGGCCCUGGUACUGGAAGGUCUCUACGUCCAGCUACGAAGCAAAACUGCUGUGAAGUAAACGCUGACAUUAUGAGUUACAAUCAAUACGUGAGUGGAGCCGGGUACCCUCAACCCGGAGCUCCGCCACAAGAAACAGCGCCGCCUUACCCAGAGCCGAGCGGCCCUGCACCACUCCCAUACUCAGCCCCACAGGGUGGGCCAAAUUAUCCACCGUCUCAAGGUAUGCCGUAUCCGCUACCAGGAGGUUCUGCUCCAGGAUACUCCCCUUACCAACAGGGUCCAGUUACAUAUCCUCCAUCUUCGGUUGGACCCGGAUAUUCUUCACCUGUGCAACCAGGAUUCGUGCUCCCAGCUCCGGUCGUGCAACAGCCUGGACCCAUGAUUCCGGGAAGUAUGUCAGGCGUUCCUCCUGGCCUUGAGUAUCUGACAGCCGUAGACCAAUUGAUUAUCAAACAAAAGGUUGAACUGCUUGAAGCAGUUGUUGGUUUUGAGACGAACAACAAAUAUUCGAUUAAGAACUCGAUGGGCCAAAAAGUCUAUGAAGCUACGGAAAAGAACGACUGCUGUACUCGAAUGAUCUGUGGAUCAGUCCGCAGUUUCGACAUGAAAAUUAAAAAUCUACAGGGUAAUGAGGUAAUGCAUCUGUACCGGCCUCUCCGCUGCACGUCAUGUUUCUGUCCGUGUUUCCUUCAGGAGAUCGAGGUACAGGCACCUCCAGGCAUCGUGAUUGGAUCCGUCAGACAGGAAUGGUCUAUCCUUUUCCCAAAAUUUACUGUCCGUGACGCCCAAGACAACGUUAUCUUUCGCAUCGAAGGACCACUAUGCACAGCUAGUAUUUGUGGCGACGUCGAAUUCGAGGUGAUUUCAGCGCAGACGGGCCAAAAUGUCGGUAAAAUCUCGAAGCAGUGGUCAGGCCUGUUACGCGAAGCAUUCACUGAUUCAGACAACUUUGGUAUCUCGUUCCCUCUCGAUUUGCAUGUCCACGUCAAGGCAUCAUUAAUGGCAGCCGCUUUUCUAAUCGACUUCAUGUUCUUUGAAAAAUCGAAUAACAAGGAGGAAGACCGACCUGGAAUGUUUGAUUAACUUCAUUUGAAUUGGGUAAAAUUCCCAUUAGAUAAGGUUUUUUCGAGCCGAGAAUCUGAAAUAGACUAAAUCAACUUUCUUUUAGAUAAAUGAGUAGAAAGAAAAACAUACUGCGACUGUUAUUAUACACAAACCGCAGCUGAAAUUAAAAUGUACUAAGAUUCCGUCUUCUGUUUUCAACGAUGCAGAGACCAUAUUUACUUGUGGAUGUGUACAAGCGUAGAAGUAGCGGCAAACAAACCAACAACCAGACACAAAAAGACCAAUACAGAAUAUUGGUAAUGUUAAACUAUUACAAUUUGAUUGAAAAGCGUACACGGCAGGAACAUUGAAAUGAAGGUGUAUGAAUAUGUGAAAUAGUAGGAAUAAGGGAUAACAGGAGAAGAUGAUGUUAUGGCUAGGUUAAGUGUGACAUUUAUCUCUGCGUAGGUGGCAUUCUCAAGCUUGCUGUGCAAUCGAAAAGACUUCAAUAUUAUGAGUUUGUCACCAUUUUCAGUCAUUGGACCGAAGGUCAGCUAGUAGCUGGCUACUUCGAACGAUAAUAGCAUAAUCUUCAUUCGAGUAGAUGAUGUUAUCAUUUAUGAGUCGUGUUUAAUAACAUAACCAGCUAAACGUAAGGUCUGCCCGGUCACGCUGCGAAUGGAUCUAGUAACUUUGAGCGUUGAGAUAAUGGGCAUAUAAAUACACAGACACAUUGAAAAUGUUACGACGCGAGAUAUGUAGACAAUUAAAAUCCUAUUUAAUGUCUAAUAGGAAUCAGCGAGAUAAGCAUUGCUGUAUUUCAUUUGUUCGAUUCGGUAAAUGGUCUACGGGCAGGGAAAUUCAACUUAUGCCUUAGAAAGAGAAGUGACUACUUAAGCACAGGUAGUUCCUUCGACAAGUGCUGCCUAGUAGCCAGUCGAUAAAACAACUCUAUUUAUUACUCAAAAAUCUAAAAUUAUAUUUAUACACUGACCAAAAAUUGCAUGAAGAUAUGUCGUAUGUGCCGUCUUUCAUCAAGUACAACAGUACAGAUUUAUUGACACUGCUGGUGUACGUAAGAAAAUAAGAUACUACGGAUCCUGUCUUGAAUCCGUAGUAUCUUGCUAUACUAUAACAUCUAUGGCAUCUUACUGUGGUGCGAAUUCCGUUUUAAGGUGUUUUAAGGGAACCACUCCUAUGCGUCGAGCAGUAGAUGGAUGGCAAGGGACGAUUUCCCGACACAAAGGACCGCCGUUAAGCUCUUCGAGUCGCGGUUACCGCUGUCCAUUUAUGCGCUUGUAUGUAUAUGAGUACGUGCGCAUGUGAUCCUUCAUAACAAUGAUAUCGCGGAAUAUCUCAUUGUAGCUAAUUAAAUUUAGAAUGGGAAGAGCAUCUUGUUUUCGAUUUGUUUCUGUGUUGUACUCUAACAUGUAUUGUAUAUCACGAUAUUGUUAAGGGGUGAAUCUUAAUGUCGUGCACUUUGUGGCAAUCUAUAGUACAGACGAGCAAAAUUAUUCCGUCGGUAUAAAAAAAAAAAAAGAAUUAUUCUUUCUCUUAGGUUAGUGUUACCUUUCAGACUGGCACACAUGGCAAGUCUUUCGACAGAGUAUCACAGCGUACGAGGGUAACACAUAUCAAAACAUAUCAGACAAUGCAUCGCGGCUUUUUCCACAAAAUUUCCUUUAUAUUUCAUGUAUAAUUUCAUAUACAUCUAUUCGAUUGACUCGUUUGUACUACUAAGUCGGUGUUUGUUUAUAAUUUAAUCAAUACGGUGGCAGCGAUAUCUUAGCAUAGGUUCUAGGAGGUGCGUUCAUAGAUUAUGUGUGGCACCAGAAAAAAAAGCCUAUCUUGUCUCGAACAAAGCAGCAGACUUAUUAUGCGGAGGCUGAAGAUUUCUCUUAAGGUUAUGAACCUAAAUCAGCCAAUAGCAAAUGUUUUUGUGUCGGACCCUACCGGAGCGGCAAACCCUUUUCGUUAUGUGAACUCGACAGUUUAUCUUAUAAAGACGAAAUUACUUAAUAUAUACGACGAGGUUUAUAUAUACCUCAACGUGUCCAAUACGAAUCUUCCUAAUAACACAGGCUUCUUCAAACACUUUAUCCAAAUAUCUGCUCACAUUUAGAUAUAGUUUAUGUAUGAAUAGACGAAAUUGAAAUAAUCCUAAUAUAACGUUGUCAUCCUGUAAAAUAUAAUUAAGUGGAGUAGAUAAAAAGGUAAGGUCCAUAAAAUUUUUAUUUAUUUAUUGAAUAAUGCAUGGGGUGUUCGAUAAUGGGUGAGCAUCGAUUGUGCUUAAUAUGUCAUCAGACGAAUCUGAUAAUUUCACCUUAGGGUUAGUCUGUGUACAUCGAAUUUAUAUAUAGCCGAUGUACGCAGCUAUCUGUAUUAUACACAGUAAUGAACAAUCGUACAUUUACCACACAUGGUAGACUCUGGUAAACUUGUUUGGCGUUCCUUUAAUUACCUGACUGCUGAAGAAUAUGCGUUUAUUUUGAUUACAGCCUCAAGCCACAAUACCAUAACUAUGCUGGUUAUGAUGAUAAUGUAAUUGAAGGAAGUCUAAAUAAACCGAAAAAAAGCUUGAAUAAACCGAAUUAUCGAGAAAUGAAUCGUGAGUAAUGUUU